CACGUCUACACGUGUUGCUACGCAGAAAGUUGCGGGUUUAUGAGACGAGUCAGUACCGUGUACAUGCAAUGCGCUACUUUAGUUUGGACCAUCUGGGUAAAUUUGGGCUCUGGAAGUCUCUACGUAGAGGUAGAGGGGCAACGAGGGGGGCCUCUUCUUCUUCUUCUUCUUCUUCUUCCUCUUCUUGAGUGCCAUCACGCAAAUGGCUCCUGGGAUCAUGUCAGCAACCAAGUUCGGGGUUCUUUCCCCUCCCCCGCCUCCUCCCCCACCUUGACGACGCCAACGACAAGCGGAUGGCUUCGUUUUUUUGAUGUCGUCGAGUGGAACCUGGUGCGGAUUUGGUGCUGUUCCCCCACCAUCCCACCCCAUCCAACCCGUCCAUGGUUCAUGGAUAUCCAUUCACCCCCGCUUACACGAAAGCUGUCGAGCGCAUUGUGUUUUAUUGGAUCGCGGUCUCUCCGUCAUCGGUAUGCCUUGCCCCGAGGUUAGGUAAAACCAGACGUGACCCCUCGCUCAUUUCUUCCAGACGGUCUCAUUCUUUGAUGUUUCUUCACGAUCUCUUCAGUAUUCAGAUUAUUCUCUCCUAUCCCUCAUAAUGUAAGGCCUUUU